AUGACUUCGAUGAAUGUGGUCAAGGAUUCAUUUGUUCUCAUCGCUAUUAUCAGCAUAACGAUCCAAGCCCAAGACACCCCUCAGCAAUUACCAUCUUUUGAGCAAAUCAAUGAGCAACAAUUACCCUUACCACCUUUCCUAGUUAAUGCAAGUGCAGAGUCUCGACGUCAAUUCUUCUCGAUUGCUUACAAUCCGAACCUUAAAAUCGCUGAUCUUAACGAACAACUCGAACAAUGGGCACAUAAACAACCCAAAGAUGUACAAGAUGCGUACAAUCAACAAGUUGACGCACAAAAACGCAUGGAAGCUAUGAUGGUGACAGAACGCAACAAAUUGGUGCAAGCAUUACCAGCAGAUGCGCAAGCAGUCGCAAAGCAACUUGAUGAAAUUCGAGAGAAUUUACAAUUAACGGCUAAUCAGCAAAUGCAACAGGUAACGAAAGUCCUAUACAACACCACUCCGGCGAUUCGACAACAACUUACACACGUCGAUGAACAACUUGGCCAAAUGUUACAAAAACUACAACAAUAA